AUGAUGUUAUGGUAUUAUGCGUACAAUAUGUAUAGCUCCUAUGAAGCAUUUCACAAUCUGACGAACAAAGACGACGACGCGGAAACAGGUGGCAAAGAUCAAACUGAGUCGGGACUAGGAGUGUUGUUAGGCGAUGCGAUAGCCGGCUUUAAAACCGGUGAAAGAGAUUAA